CUGAAGGAGGCAGUAAUGCAACGAUGCCAGCUGCCAGAAAUCCUCAAAGAAGAAGAAGAAGAAGACGACGAAGAAGAAAGGUUUCGGGAAGAACAAGAGGGAGGGGACUCCGGAGUGAGUAGCAAACCGACAGCGAGCAUGACCGACGCUGAGGCGCAGAGCGCUCCACCAUCGGCACCUGUGGAAGACGAGCCACAGCCAGAGAGGAAAGUCAUAGCCACCUUGGUCCAAGGAACUGUGAAGUGGUUCAAUGUGCGUAAUGGCUAUGGCUUCAUAAACAGGAAUGAUACCAAAGAAGAUGUGUUUGUCCAUCAGACUGCGAUCAAGAAGAACAAUCCUAGGAAAUUCCUGCGCAGUGUUGGAGACGGGGAGGUUGUAGAGUUUGAUGUGAUUGAAGCCGCCAAGGGCUCGGAAGCAGCCAAUGUAACUGGGCCAGGCGGUGUUCCAGUCAAAGGCAGUCGUUACGCACCCAACAAACGCCGCUUCCGUCGACGGUUCUUCCCUCGCAGCCCGGGGCCUGGUGACGAGAGCAAACCAGCUGAUGGCCAGUCCUCUGCUGUGGAGGGCGAGGGGUCAGGAGAGAAUGAUGGAGCAAGACCUCCGCAGCGCCGGCGUAGGCCCCGCAGACCACGGCAGGAAGCGCAAGAUGUUGAGGCUGGAGAGCAAAAGAACGGAGUGGCAGAUGGGGACCAAACACCGCGACUGCCACAGCGCAGAUUCUGGCGCCCAUACCGCAGACCGUUCCGUCCUCGCCCGCCUCCUGAGCAGGCUGCAGAGGGUCAGCAGGCUGCUACGGAAGAGAGCCAGGAGCAAGGCGAAGUGAAGCAGACAGAGGCCUCUGAGAGCCCCCAGACCAACGGAGAAGGAGCUGAGGGCCAGAAACCACAACGUCGUCAGUCUAGACGGCGCAGGCAAAAGAACUCUGAGUCCUCUACCUCAAAGAAUGAUACAGAGAAGUCUGCAUCAGAGCCUGGUACCCCCCCACAGACCUCCAAACCAGCUGACCUUAAAACCACAUCAAAAUCUCCAAAGGCCUCCCCCAAAACCUCUCCUAAAACGGCGAAAUCCCCCGAGCAGGCAGCUGCCACAACAGUCCCAGCACCAGCAGAGUGACGUUAGUGAGAGGACAGUCUCGUGACCCUUGGUAAGAGGUCCUAGGGUUGGAGGGCUGGAUCUAUUUCAGAACACAUGCACUGCUCUCCCCUCCCUGCAUUUGCCCUAUCCUCCAACCCACCCUGUGUCGCUAUCAUCCCUCAGGCCCCCUCAUCUCAUCUUGUCUUGUGUUGUCCUUUCUAGACAAUGAUGUUUGGGAUGAGCUAGGGAAAUAGGGAAUACAAGUGGGUACAUAUUUAGAAGUUUAUACAUCUUUAAAAA